UUUGAAUAUUUGUCGGCUCCGGUCACACAUACAUAACCACGGCUUUCAUUUUUCUAUCCGAGUAGUACCUGAUACUCUUUUCCUCUCUUUAUUACGCGAACACUCCUCUCCUCAAAUACAUUAUGCAGGCUCUGAAUUACACUAAUAAGCUCAAAAAGCUCAUUAAUGAGGAAAAUGGGAAAGCAUUGGCUCCCCUUCUUUCACUGCAACAUGCGCAUACAAAAAAUUUAUUAGAUCACAAUAUUCAACCUAGUGAUUACGAAACACUCGUUAAGAAUAAAGUGGAAGCACCUUGGAAUGAUAUCAUUGUCAACCAUAUUAAAACGCUAGUACAUUUAGAUGAGGGGCUAUACGAUGAAGCCUUUGAGACUCAAAAAGAACUUGUUCAAGCUUUUCAAAGAGGAAUGUCAAACAUGACACGCUGGUGCUUACCAGUAUUAUACAUUAUUAACAAUGAGCUACGUAUCAUUGCUACGAAGGCAGAUCUGAAUUCAACAGUGGCUGUUGAAGGACAACGCAGAAAGCUAGAGGAGGCUGCCAAUGUUAUCAGUAAAUCAUUUACUUAUUGUAUCACGGAUCGAGGCAUGUUGGCUGUUUCAAAAAAGUAUGGUACUUAUUGCAUGAUUGGCAUAUUGUUCAGAAUCUAUUUCAAGUUGAAGCAACAGAAUUUAUGUAAAAACAUUUUACGUGCUGUCAAAGCAGCAGAUAUGCCACCAUUGCAUGAAUUUCCAAAGAGCGAUAGAGUUACAUUCAGAUAUUACCUUGGAAGGUUAUAUUUUUUGGAAGAGGAUUAUGCUAAAGCAGAAUAUGAGUUGAAUUUGGCGUUUUACGAAUGUACAAAUAGAAGCCUGAAAAACAAAGAGCUUAUCCUACAAAUAUUAUUACCCGUCAAAUUGAUGAGAGGCAUUUUACCUACAGAUAAGCUAUUCAGCAAAUUCCCCAAAGCGCGACAUUUAUACGGUGAUCUAGCCAAUGCUAUCCGAAGAGGAGAUAUCAAGCAGUUCAAUACAGCGCUUAAUGAUGCGGAAUCUCAAUUAAUAAGGCAGGGAACUUACUUUGCCAUCGAGAAAGCGGAAAGCAUUGCUAUUCGGCAAUUAUUCAGAAAAGUAUUCCUUUUACUAGGAAUGAACACACGUAUACCAAUCGCAACAUUCAAGAAAGCGUUGGAUUUUGAAGGUUUGAAUGUUGAAAUCGAAGAGGCUGAGUGGAUGUUAGCCAAUAUGAUAUUCAAGGGAUAUAUGAAAGGUUACUUGUCUCAUGAAAAGAUGUUUUUGGUGUUGAGUAAAGAUAAUCCUUUCCCGCGUAUAUCUCAAUUGGUUUAAACUAAAUUAAAUGAUUUGCAUGCCAUAUGCCAUUACAGUUGCCCUAAACUUUGAUCAGCAAUUGUUAAACAAUUUCCCGGUGUACUACGUUAGACUGGGAUGGUGUUUAGAGCCUUUUUGAUAAGAUAAGAUUAAAGCUUCUUUCUUUCUGUCAAUUGUGAUUUUCAAAUGCGAAACAAUAGUUCAGACGUUGUAUUGCCAUUUUCUGACUCGUUGUUUCGUUUUUCACGGA